UGACAUUUGUUGAAGUAUAUUAUAUUAUUCAUAUCGUACAGAAAAGAAAUUAAAAAUGAUAUUCAGAGUUGCUACAAAAGGUAUAAAGACCUUAAAUUUACAUAAUCUUGUGCGUCCUUGUUAUUACCAGCUCCGAAACCUAAAUGUGCAAGAGCAUGUUAGUUACACACUACUUAGAGAGGCAGGAAUACCAGUGCCUAAAUUCGGUGUAGCAAAAACCAAACAGGAAGCUAAAGAAAUUGCCAAAAAGCUUAAUACAAAAGAUCUUGUAGUAAAAGCACAGGUUUUAGCUGGAGGACGAGGAAAAGGAACGUUUAAAAAUGGAUUUAAGAGCGGAGUGCGUAUGGCUUUUACACCAGAAGAAGUAGAAGACAUUGCAGGAAAAAUGUUGGGUCAAUACUUGGUGACCAAACAAACUGGCGAGAAAGGAAGGAUUUGUAAUUUAGUCAUGGUGACUGAACGUAAAUUUCCUAGAAAAGAAUUCUAUUUUGCCGUAAUGAUGGAGCGUUCGUUUAAUGGACCAGUUCUGAUAGCCUCUUCCCAGGGAGGAGUAGACAUUGAAGAAGUGGCGGCCGAAAAUCCCAAAGCGAUCGUUUAUGAACCGAUUGAUCCGGUUGUAGGACUAAAAAAGCAACAAGCUGAAAAAAUGAUCAACACUGUUGGAAUUCUUAAUCAAAAAGACCGCAUUACCGAUAUUCUGUUGAAAAUGUACGACCUUUUUGUGAAAAAAGACGCGUUGUUGAUAGAAAUCAAUCCGUUUGCUGAGGACACUCAAGGUUCAUAUUAUUCAUUAGACGCCAAAUUUCUAUUCGACGACAAUGCCGAAUUCCGCCAAAAAGAACUAUUCGCUAUGCGCGAUUGGUCCCAGGAAGACGAAAAGGAAGUCCUAGCAGCAAAAUUCGGCCUGAACUACAUCGCUCUUGAUGGCACGAUCGGAUGUAUGGUAAACGGCGCAGGAUUAGCCAUGGCUACCAUGGAUUUGAUAACUUUGUAUGGAGGUUCCCCGGCAAAUUUUCUAGAUGUCGGUGGUGGUGCCGAUGAACGAGCCGUAAAGGAAGCUUUUAAGAUAAUCACUUUGGAUCCGAACGUGCAAGCGAUUUUGGUGAAUAUUUUUGGAGGAAUCAUGAGAUGUGACAUCAUUGCACAAGGUAUUAUUGCAGCUGCUAAAGAUCUUCAGUUGCACACUCCUAUAAUAUGUAGAUUGCAAGGUACCAAUGUCGAUGAUGCCAAAAUUUUGAUAGCCAAAUCCGGAUUAAAGAUUUUACCAGUUAACGACAUUGACGAAGCUGCCAAAUUGGCUGUUAAGCUAUCCAAUAUCGUAAGCCUAGCGAAAGAAUCCCAUCUAGAAGUCAACUUUGAAAUGCCUCUGUGAUUGGUACCAUUUUGAUUAUUUUUCACUAACAUAAUUUGUUUUAAUCUCGAAAAGUUUGUUUAUAUUUUUAUUUUUUGGCGAAGCAUUUAUUAAGACUAUCUCUAAAAUUUACCAAAGUUUAGUAGUUUUGACUUAGUUUUGGCUUAUCUAGAAUAAUUUUCAGUUAUUCUACGUGAUUCUUUGGCAGAUUCAAUUAGAACUCUUUAGUUAAUUAACUGGAUAUUCCAAAGAGCCUUCCGGUUCCCAGUCUUCAUUCACGUCUAUUAGUCCAUUCUCCUAAUCGUAGAUAUAUUAUUUCCAUUUAUCUUUUAAAAAGUUUUUUCAGCAUUUUUUAAGAAGUUUAGCUGAUAAUCCUGAUCCAUCUCUCUCUCCCUCUCUCUCUCUUUCUCUCCUCUUUCUCUCUCUCUCUCUCUCUCUUUCGCUCUUUCCCUAUUGUCGUUUCUGAGGAUCGUGAUUGCUUUUAAUAUUCCUAACCAUUUUUCUCUAUUAGUCUCUAUCUUCAGCUACUUUGUGAGCUUCGUAGAAUAAGUUUCCAGCUAUUCCUAAUUUGGUCGGACUAUCUAUUUGGUGAUCGUCCUCUUGACAUCCUACCCGAAACGUUUCCAAAAACAAUUAAUCUCUUCAAAGUAUCGUCACCCCUACGAACAACAUGACCGAAAAAUUGCAGAAUACAUUGCAGACAUUUUGUGGAGAGCUUUAUUUUAAUCUUGAGUUGGUUUAGAAUGGAAAUGUUUGUCCUAUUAGUUGUCCAAGGUAUGCACAGCAUUCUUCUCCAACACCACAUCUCAAAUGCAUCCAAGGAGUCCAAGUGUCUGCCCCGUACAAAAAUAUUGAGAAUGCAAGGGCAGUCACCAGUCUCAUCUUGAUAUAUAUUUUGAGAAUUAGAUAUUUCCAAACUUUAGUUAGGCGACUCAUCACAUUUUUUGCCAUACCAAUACGUCUUCGAACUUUUGCUUCACAGUUACCAUCGUUAGUUUUACUAGACCCGAGAUAAAUAAAACUGUCCACUAUCUGGUAUUCCUUUAACAUGUUAGUCAGUUGAAUAGUGUGAAAUCUGUCGACCACCAUUAUUUUUGUCUUAGAUUUAUUGAUGUUCAGGCCAAAUUUAUUACUUUCGUACUCAACUCUUCACAGGAGAAUAAACAGUUCUUGCUCAUCUGCUGAUAUAAGUCUAGUAUCAUCAGCAAAUCUUAAAUUGGAAAGUUUUUUAUUUAUGCCACUACCGAUAGUAAUUCUGGGCACAUGGAUAUGAUAUCGUCUAGCUCUUUAUUGGAGAUAUUUAGGUCUUGACUCUUGUAGAUCUUUUGCGUAGUGAUUUUUAAAUGCGCUGACGUUUAUGGUUUGUAGGUUUGUUGUAUGUAUGUCCCCUCUUCUUAGAUUUUGUACGAAUCUCUAAACCUCCGAAGACUUAAUUUGACCUAAAUAUGGUUUCACUUCCUCACAUUUCCAUUUACAUGUUUGCUUUGACUCCCAAAGAAUCACCCAGUAUAUUCCUGGAACAAUAACAAAAAUCGUUUUCUCUGCCAUUAAAAAAUAUAGGAAUUUAUUUUUUUAAAGAUAGACACAAUUUUUUUUGUAAUGCACAUACGUCAUUUUUUUUAACAAAUGAAGUAUUUUUCUCUAAUCUUUUGAUAUAAAAAUCGAUAUGUUGUGUUAUAGAUUUGAUACGACCUUGUAAAGAUUGUAGUAUAUAGAAUUUAUAAAAUUUUUACAUUAGCUCUAGUCUCAUGUGAAAGAUUUUCUUAGUAUUAAUAUUCCUUAUCACUGUACUAAAAUGAUGUAUUUUUUCUAUGAACAAAAUAAUAAAUCU